AUGUUGGACAAGAUCCGUUCGUACGUCACCCAUAGGAAUUCUGGUCCUCAAACAGCUUCUGGAGGAGCCAUCAAAGACUCGUCCCAGGGAGGAUUUGAAGCUGGUCCGGGCGAUGAAUCCCAACUGCAACCCACGAUCUCUCAGACCAAACGUCAAAUUGGAACCAUCUCCGCCUUCUUUCUCAUAUUUAAUCGCAUGGUCGGCACCGGAAUCUUCGCCACGCCCAGCACCAUCUUUUCCCUCUCAGGGAGCGUUGGACUCACCCUGUUCAUAUGGGUCGCCGGCAUGAUCAUCGCUUCCUGCGGCAUGGCAGUGUACCUCGAGUUUGGUACCGGCAUCCCACGCAACGGCGGUGAAAAGAACUACCUCGAAUUCGUCUACCGCAAGCCGAAAUACCUAGCUACGGGGUUCUACACCGGCUAUGUCAUUCUACUCGGUUGGGCUGGCUCAAACUCGGUCGUGUUCGGAGAGUACAUUCUUCACGCCGCCCAAGUUGAGGUCACGCGAUGGAACCAACGAGGUGUUGGCCUGGCCUGCAUUACCGCAGCCUUUCUCAUUCAUGGCUGUGCCUUGAAAUGGGGCCUACGUUUGCAGAACCUGUUGGGCGUGUUCAAACUGGUCAUAGUACUGCUCAUUGUCGUUUCAGGCUGGGCCGCUCUUGGAGGAGCGCUCAAAGUUCCCAAGCCACACAACUUCGACAACGCUUUCGAGGGUACCACGGGCAGCGCCUAUGGCGUCGUGACGGCGCUUUAUAAUGUCAUUUGGUCUUACAUUGGAUAUAGCAACGCUAAUUACGCCUUGAGCGAAACAAAGGAUCCCAUCCGAACACUGAAGCGAGCCGCACCUACAGCUAUCAUCGCCGUCUCGGUACUUUACAUGCUGGUGAAUAUCUCAUAUUUCGCUGCCGUUUCCAAAGAGGAGAUCGCAACCUCAGGCCGGAUUCUUGCAGCUUCAUUUUUCCGCAACGUUUUCGGCCACAGAGCAGAAAGAGCGCUUUCAGUCUUCGUGGCUCUGUCUGCCUUUGGGAAUGUCCUCAGUGUCAUUUUCUCACAAGGUCGACUUGUUCAGGAACUUGGUCGCGAAGGUAUUUUGCCCUUCUCACGCUUUUGGGCGAGCAACAAGCCCUUCAACGCACCGCUGGCCGGACUCUUUGAGCACUGGUUGGUCUCGGUGAUUAUUAUGCUCGCGCCUCCGCCAGGCGAUGCCUACAAUUUCAUUCUAAAUGUUAUAUCCUACCCUCUGUCGAUCGUCAAUUGCUUCGUCGCCGCCGGCCUGCUCUACUUGUACUGGAAGCGCGCAGAAUUCAACUGGACCCCCCCGUUCCGUGCCACAUGGCCGGUGGCUCUGCUGUUUCUGCUCAGCAACAUCUACCUUGUCGUGGCGCCCUUCGUUCCUCCUGACCACGGUCAGAACGUCUACAAGAGUCUCCCGUAUUAUCUGCACUGUGUUGUUGGCAUGGGCAUCAUCGCCGCUGGCGGAGUGUAUUGGCUGAUCUGGGCCGUCUUGCUACCUCGGCUUGGGCACUACGAGUUGGUCCGGGAGACGCACAUCGAUGAGCUGGACGGUUGGGAACGAAACGUAUUCUCACGGCGCAAGCUCAAUCCUGCUGAGAAAAGGAACUCAAGCAUAUAG